AUGGGACCCCGAAGAACACAUCGGAAGAGUCGUAAUGGAUGUCCACAAUGCAAAGCCCGCAGAUUGAAGUGUGAUGAACGAAAUCCAUGCACCAAUUGCGUUAAACAUGGUGUCUUCUGCGAGUUUGUCGCAUCAAAUGAACAUGGCUCCACAAACGGGACCCCUGCAUCUGCUACUGCAUCGCCAGUGGCUCAACCCCAAACCCAAUCCCAACCUCAGACCCAGACUCUAAUACAGCCGCAUCUAUACCCACAACCUAGUAUCAAUGUGGGCCCUGUUAACUAUGUACGGCAAGAGCAAAAGUUCGACCUACUUGGUAUUCUUUCCGAAGCUCCUGACCCUUCUAUGCGUGCCGCAGAGGACUGGGCUCUUGAUAUUGAAUUGAUGCAUCACUACUGCACCAUGACGUGCAAUACACUGACCCUCCGCGAAGAUGCCCGUUAUGUUUGGCGGGUCAUCAUGCCUAUUGAGGGCUACUCGAAUCCUUAUGUGAUGAAUGGGCUCUUGGCUAUCGCUGCCCUGCACCGCGCAUUCCUGUCGGUCACUCCUCAACAGAAAGAGCGAUAUAUCAAGGCAUCGGCCUACCAUAUGACGACAGGAUUAGCGAAAUUCCGAGAAAUUAUCGCCUCGCCUAUUGAUCCGAAGAACUGGCAGCCAGUCUUUUGUUUUGCGAGUAUGAUCAAUGUCCAUCUGAUGGGUACUCCUAUUCGACUGGGUGUUAGUCGGUGGCCUGCGCCGAUCUCGAAUGUGCUGGAGUUGUUCGGGAGUUGUACGGGCAUUCAGGCUCUCAUGGCGCCGUUUUUGCAUUCUAUUCGAAAGACUCAGUUGGCACCCUUGGUGAACUCGAUUUAUCUUAUAGACCCGGAGCUCAUUCCAAGCCCAGCACAGGUUUCUCAAUCUCUGCUUCCUCCUGAUUUUUGGGUCGAAGCCUCUCAAUUACGUGCAUUCAUUGGGAAUUACCCAUUCGCCCCUGUGGAAAAUAAACCUGGUCAGGGGAGUGAUCCUACAAGCGACCCCUCAAGUCAAAGAAACGACUACAUUGCCACCCUUGAAGCCCUCGAAAGAGCGGCACGAUGCAUUGAGCUUGCAGGGACAAAGAUUGAGUGGGGAAUAAUCUUUAUAUUUGCCCAUCCAUUAAGUAAAUCUUUCCAUGAUGCCGUUGAAGCGCAUGAGCCCGCUGCCUUGGUCAUUAUGGCAUAUUACUGUAUCUUGAUACAUCUUGUGGAUGAUGUUUGGUUCACGAAUGGGCUUGGAUGGCAGUUAAUGGAGGAUAUUGAGAGCAAGAUUCGUCCUGAAUAUAGGGAGUGGCUACGGUGGCCGAAGCGUUGGGUUUUUGAGAGACAAGGGUACCCUUUGUAUUUGAGUAGAGCGUGA